CAUGGCAUAAACAUUCAUAAAGACUUCAUGCUCCCGUCAGUCCCUCCAAACAAAGUGCUACCCAUUAGUUUGGAGUUGCACUCCUCUGGCUUGAUGGCAGCCAGCGGUGUUGACUUCAGGUCGCGUAGGUGUUCUCACGCGCGCGCACAGAUCAGCGAUCACGUGUCGGGGGAAUCCACGUGGAAACCGAAUGUUACUUUAACCGACUCGUAGUAACGCACAGCGUGGCACCGGCGCUCUGCUGGGAUUUCGCCUCUUAUUUUUUUAUUUUUUAAGUACUUUUUAACUGCGUGUGUGUCGGGGCGUGGCUCCUGUGUGAAAGUGAUCCCCCACCCCUCUCUCUCCCUCCUCGCCCUCUCGCGUUUCCUACUCUGCAUGAAAACCGCCGUCUGAGGGAAGUUGUGUGACACACUGUUACCAACACCACUGACGUACAGAUGCCGCUCAGACGCUCCUCCGCUCCUCCGCAUGAGUGAGGACACCCAGAAGCGAUGCGUGAGCUCGUUAAGUUUGCACAAACCAUCUGGUCUAAAAGUGCCCUCCUCGCUUCGCAGCAGAUGGCACCUUCUGCAGCCACUUGUGGAGUAUUCCUGGAUUACAGCACACAGACUUGCUGGCUUCUCUGGGACUAGAGGCGUCGCGGAUGACCGUCACUGAUGUAACCCACCUGCAGAUUUCAGGACGCACUCUGCUGAGAUGAAUGCUCCGUACAUCGCGAUCGAAGCAGUGAUCGCUGUCCUCUCCAUAUGCGGCAACGUGCUGGUGUGCUGGGCUGUGGCGAUCAACAGCACGCUGAAGAACGCCACCUUCUACUUUCUGGUGUCUCUGGCUGUGGCUGACAUCCUGGUCGGCUGCCUCGCCAUCCCCUUCGCCAUAAUCAUCAGCGUCGGCUUGUGCCUGAACUUUUACGGCUGCCUCUUCCUCGCCUGCUUCGUCUUGGUACUCACUCAGAGCUCCAUCUUCAGCCUGCUGGCCAUCGCGAUUGACAGAUAUCUGGCGGUGAAGAUCCCACUGAGGUACAAGGAGUUGAUGACGGGAAAGACCGCCAGGAAGAUAAUAGCCAUUUUAUGGAUCCUCUCCUUUGUCAUCGGCCUCAUUCCCUUCUUUGGGUGGAACAUGAAGGACCCGAGUUGGGAGAACUCCAGCUCGGUCAACAACUCGGACUGCAAAGGGUGUUUCUUUGAGAGCGUGGUGGACAUGCAGUACAUGGUGUACUUUAACUUCUUUGUAUGCGUGCUGGUGCCGCUGCUCAUAAUGCUGGGCAUCUACGUGAAGAUCUUCACCGUGGCCAGGAAGCAGCUGAGGCAGAUUGAGCUCAAGUGUGUGGGCAACGGCGACAACCAGAACAAGAGCCUGCUGCAGAAGGAGAUCCGGGCCGCUAAAUCCCUCUCCAUCAUCGUGGGACUCUUCACCGUCUGCUGGCUGCCCGUCCACAUCCUCAACUGCCUCACGCUGUUUUACGGCGCUCUGGACAAGCCUCCGGUUGUCAUGUACGUGGCCAUCAUUCUGUCUCACGCCAACUCCGCGAUCAACCCAAUCAUCUACGCUUACCGCAUUCAGGACUUCCGGAACACUUUCCGCAAAAUCCUGGUGCGGCACUUCCUGUGCCACAAGGAGGAGCUUUACCUCAGCUCCAAUGGCAGCAGACGCAACAGAGACGAGGUCACGGUGACCAUCGACCCUCUGCUGUAGAGGCGGAGGACUCCAUCAACGUCAAGGCGUGAGGUUUCUAAUGUUUACAGAACAAUGUGAAGAUGAACCGAUGUCAAUCCCACCUUGAAUGUAGACUUUUAUUUAUGAAUUGUAUUGGGUUGGGAUGGGGGUCUGUGAAGUUUUCAACUACAAGUCUUAACUUUUUUGUUGUUGUUGAAGGAUUUUUGUUGAAAUAGUUGAAGCUAACUGGAUUUGUAGGACUGUGAGGAUCCAAACUAAAGAUGCUAUUUAUUGUUCUGAAUUCACCCUGUCCCAACUACAAACACUCCUCUUUUUGUGCCCUGCUGUUUUUUUUUUAUACUCUCGACAUUCAGUGCCAGUGUUAAAAUAAUUUAUUUAUUACAAGACCUUGUCUUUCAGAAUGUAUUGAUCAAACAAACGCGAGAGUGGGCGUGUGUGGGCUACAUCUGUACUUGUGGAGCUAAAGAAAGGUACAGAGGUAGCUUUCCUUACCUGUGGGUAUUCUGCAGCUCACAGAUCUUUGCUUCAUCUGUCUGCUGAGAGGAGGACACAUUUUCUUCAGCUUAGAUUUAUUUAUGAAUUUAAUUCGGAAGGCAGCAGUUGAGGUGAAAGCGUGAAUUUCUGCGUAUCAUUCAUCAGUACACAAUAGUUUUCUCAGACAAGCUGACCUCAUGGGUCCUUAAAUAAGAACCAAGUUUGUAGAGUGCUAAAAAUUCAAAUAAAGGGACGGUAUAGUUUUUUGUUUUUUUUAAUUGUGAGGUUCUGCUUAACAGGAGUUCAUUAAAUUGCAUUCAAAACAUUUUCAAGACAAGUUUUAUCUAAAAUCAAGACAUACAUGAAUGAUCAUUUGAUUUUCCAUCUACUUUAAUUGCCCUUGAAAUCUUCUAAGCCUUACUAUUCAUUUAUAUAAAACCCAAUUAUGAAUGUCUUGAUUUUAUUAUCCUAACCGAGAUAGCAAACUAAAAUGAAUAUAAUUCUAAAACGUAAGCAGGUCGAGGGUCAACUCCAUAAGUAGGAUCUGAAAGAUUAAGAUGUAAAAAAAUAAGAUGUUUUUGUGAUGUCUUAUAUCCAAAUAUUUCUAAAUAUACAUAUACACCAAGCUAAAUGCAAUGGGAAAAUGUAACAGGUUAGGAAACCCCUCAAUUAAUGACUUAAUUCUGGUAACUGGGCAUUUUAAAGAUGUUUUAAGGUCUAAAAUUGGGGAUUAUUAACUAUUUUCAUCAGUUUAAGACUGUAAAAACCUUGGUUCAAAGUUAGUAACUUACCUGCAGUAAAUAACUUAGUAUCUACAAUUUUUAGACAGAUUUAGAGUGUUCUUCCUGGACAAUUAAGCUAACGGCUAACCUGGCAUAGACGAAGACAAAAAACGGUGAAAAGCAACCAGUUGGUUGCUAUGGUGGUGAACAGAUAAAGCACAACGCAGGUAUGGAGGCCUUAGUCCUCAAAGCAGAAACCUUAAUAGCAGAGUAACUGUUCCUAAAUAGUAUUUGAAGAAAAGAACUGAAAUUAUUUUAUGCUAGAGUUGUUUUUAAAUGAUUAAAGUCUCCAACUGACUAGCUGUUAGCUUUAGCCUGUGGGGCAAACUAAUCUGGAUUUAUACUAAAUUAAGGGAAUGCAAAGAUUGCUUAUAACCUCAACAGAAUCUCAAUUUUUUUUUUUUUUAUUAUAGGAUGAAUAAGAAACACGUCACUUUUCUUCGCCAUGCAUCUUACUGUAACCACUAAAAACCAAACUGUCACCUCUGUAUGUGUUCCACAGGAAAUGGCUAAGUGGGUUGAAGUUGGCUUAACUGCAAAGCUCACCUACAGUGAUGUGCAUUUCUUCAGGCGUAAGCUCAGGAAGUGGAGAACGGAUCGUACCCUUUAAACUAACUUUGCGUUGGCAUGAAGCCUUUUUGGCUGCUUCACCAUGACAUCAUGCAAGAUGACACCUCAAAUCAGAGUCCUUUAUGUAACUCCACGUUGACCAGGUUCUGGUCACACGUCUCUUUAGUGGCUUGCAUAAGACUUCAUAGCUGUGGUCAUUGCUUUGGGCAUAAGAGUUCAAACCUUCGCCCACAGUCAGUCUUAAAAACCACAGACGGAACAGACACAAGCCAUUUGGUUUCAGAAAACAAAAGAUUUGAAUCUGUAAGACAAACUUUAACUCAGCCGAGUAAUGUUAUGUGUGCCAACAAAAACAGGUUAGUAAAUCCAGAUUCCAGUGAGGGAGAUUGUGAAAAGUAAAUAUUUUUAGACAUAGAGGCAUUAUUAUAAUUCAAAGAAAAGCUCUUAAGCUGCAUAAGAAGGUCUUUCUGCAAAGUCACGCCAUGUAUGAACUACCACAGGGCGUUAAGGUCACCUGACAGUCAUCUCUAUUCAGAUGAACGUUGCACUGACAUUUUAGUUUCCUGAUUUGGUGUGCUUCACUGGUGUAAAAUAAGUGCUCUGAUGUGGAGCCCUCGGUCUAUGCUGCUGCUCUGUCUUUCUGCGUUUCUCGAUUUCCACCUCCGUCUGAUUUCAAGGGCUAAAACACAGGAGUGUCGCAACGUUUGGGGACAUUCCAAUGGAGACAUCUAUACUGUAACUGCACUGUAACGUUAUCUUAUCGUCUUUGUUGACUGAUGUGUGACAAUAAGUACUGUAGCUGUCUGGCUUUCUGCUUGAUGUCAAACUGUUGCCUUGAUUUUUUUUUAUUUUAAAAGGUAAUGCGAACAAUGGCAAGUUCAACAUUCCUGCCUUUCAUUCCCAAGUACCCAUUUGUCUGUGUGCCAUCCUGUUGUUACUAAUCAGGAAAAAUGCCUCCACUGUGGUCAAGCUGAUGUCCAACUUUUUCCAGAGGCGAAAGUUCAUUCGUUCAACACAAAACCACAACUGUUUAACAUGAUGCAAACUGUAUGUAUGGUGAAUUAUUUUGUUAAUAAAGGCAAUGUUUAUAUUGGUAAGGUCGGAUUUUAUUCCCACAUUUUAAAGCAGCGACGAUUUUAUAUUUAGUAGCAGCGCAUGAGAAAAAAAUCACAACUGUGCAGUGAGAUGGUUUGGAAGUGACCUCGGUGUCCAGAUGUUCUCUCACUCCAUAACUGAUGGAGCUGUAGAUAAAAAGCAACUAAAAAUAAAGCUGUAACUAUUUGAGAUCUUACAUUU